CCCUGACAGAGUUCCGCCUCAUUGUGCGGCGUGGAUCGCGACUCUAGUUCCGGGGGCGGUUUCUCUGGUCCCUAAGUCCAUGAAGCCCCCGCCUCUGGCGCAGGGCGCCUUGGGAUAGCGGCGGGCUCACCGGGUCUUGGCCCUUUUCCAAGCACUCCCGAUGCCUCAUUUGCCUUUGGCUACUUUUCGACCACCGCUUUGGGGGCUGAGGCCCUCACGGGGCCUCCCCAGGUCAUAUCCCCUUUCCACCCAGUCAGAGCCCCAUGGAUCAUCCGUCUCCCGGAGGAACCGUGAAGCCAAACAGAAGCGCCUGCGAGAGAAGCAGGCGGCGCUGGAGGCAGGGAUAUCCCAGAACAAGUCACCUGUGGAAUCCAGUAAGGCCUGGACUCCUAAGGAGAUAGUGUUGUAUGAAAUCCCCACGGAACACGGUGAAAAGAAAGAUGUCUCCCGGCCCCUGCCUCCUGCAUACAGCCCCCAAUACGUUGAGGCUGCCUGGUACCCUUGGUGGGUGCGAGAGGGCUUCUUCAAACCAGAAUAUCAGGCCAGGCUGCCCCAGGCCACAGGGCAGACCUUUUCCAUGUGUAUCCCACCUCCCAAUGUCACCGGCUCCCUGCACAUUGGGCAUGCGCUGACGGUGGCCAUACAGGAUGCCCUUGUGCGCUGGCACCGGAUGCGUGGGGAUCGAGUGCUGUGGGUCCCUGGUUCGGAUCAUGCAGGAAUUGCUACUCAGGCUGUGGUGGAGAAACAGCUGUGGAAGGAGCGAGGUGUGAGGAGACAUGAGCUGAGCCGAGAAGACUUCCUUGGGGAGGUGUGGAAGUGGAAGGAGGAGAAAGGUGGAGAGAUCUGUGAGCAGCUCCGAGCGCUGGGGGCCUCCCUGGACUGGGACCGAGAACGUUUUACCAUGGAUGCUGGCUCCUCAGCGGCUGUGACAGAAGCUUUCGUGCGACUCUACAAGGCAGGGUUGUUGUACCGGAGCCGGCAGCUUGUCAACUGGUCGUGUACUCUGCGAUCCGCCAUCUCGGAUGUUGAGGUGGAGAGCCGGCCCCUGCCUGGCCGCACAGAGCUUCGGUUGCCCGGCUGCCCCACCUCCGUGUCUUUCGGCCUCCUCUUUUCUGUGGCCUUCCCUGUGGAUGGAGAGCCUGAUGCAGAGGUUGUGGUCGGAACCACGAGGCCAGAGACGCUGCCUGGGGACGUGGCUGUGGCCGUCCAUCCUGACGACUCCCGAUACACACAUCUACAUGGCCGACAGCUUCGUCACCCCUUGACUGGGCAGCUUCUCCCCCUCAUCACAGACUCCACUGUUCAGCCACACCUGGGCACGGGGGCAGUGAAGGUGACUCCAGCUCACAGCCCUGCCGAUGCGGAGCUGGGGGCCCGACAUGGCUUGAGCCUCCUGAGUGUCAUUGCAGAGGAUGGGACCAUGACCUCCCUCUGCGGGGACUGGCUGCAGGGUCUUCACCGAUUUGUGGCCCGGGAAAAGAUUAUGUCGGCACUGAGGGAGCAGGGCCUGUUCCGGGGCCUCCAGAACCACCCCAUGGUGCUGCCCAUUUGCAGCCGUUCCGGGGACGUGGUAGAAUACCUACUGAAGAGCCAGUGGUUUGUCCGCUGUCGGGAAAUGGGGGACCAAGCUGCCAAGGCUGUAAAGUCGGGGGCCCUGGAGCUCAGUCCCUCUUUCCACCAGAAGAACUGGCAGCACUGGUUUUCCCACAUUGGGGACUGGUGUGUCUCCCGGCAGCUGUGGUGGGGCCAUCGGAUUCCAGCCUACCUGGUUGUAGAGGAGCAUGCAAAGGGCGACAAGGAGGACUGUUGGGUGGUCGGACGGACAGAGGCGGAGGCCAGAGAAGUAGCUGCAGAACUGACAGGGAGACCAGGGGCAGAGCUGACCCUGGAGAGGGACCCAGAUGUCCUGGACACGUGGUUCUCCUCGGCUCUUUUCCCCUUUUCUGCUCUGGGCUGGCCCCGAGAGACCCCAGACCUGGCUCAUUUCUACCCACUGUCACUUUUGGAAACGGGCAGUGACCUCCUGCUCUUCUGGGUGGGCCGCAUGGUCAUGUUGGGGACCCAGCUCACAGGGCAGCUCCCUUUCAACAAGGUGCUGCUUCACUCUAUGGUUCGGGACAGGCAGGGCCGGAAGAUGAGCAAGUCCCUGGGGAAUGUGCUGGACCCACGGGACAUCAUCAGUGGGGUAGAGCUGCAGGUGCUGCAGGAAAAGCUGAGGGAUGGGAACUUGGACCCUGCAGAGCUGGCGAUUGCAGCUGCAGCACAGAGAAAGGACUUCCCUCAUGGACUCCCUGAGUGUGGGACAGAUGCCCUGAGAUUCGCCUUGUGCUCCCAUGGGGCGCUGGGGGGCGACUUGCAUCUAUCUGUCUCUGAGGUCCUGGGCUUCCGACAUUUCUGCAACAAGAUCUGGAAUGCCCUGCGCUUUAUCCUGAACGCCCUGGGGGAGAAAUUCACACCCCUGCCUGCAGAAGAGCUGUCCCUUGCCUCCCCCAUGGACGCCUGGAUCCUGAGCUGCCUGGCCCGCACCGCUCAGGAGUGUGAGCGGGGCUUCCUCACCCGUGAGCUUGCACUGGUCACUCACGCCCUGCACCACUUCUGGCUCCACAACCUCUGUGACGUCUACUUGGAGGCAGUGAAGCCGGCGCUGUCGCACUCGCCCCGCCCCCCAGGGCCUCCUCAGGUCCUGUUCUCCUGCGCUGAUGUUGGUCUCCGCCUCCUCGCCCCGCUGAUGCCCUUCCUGGCCGAAGAGCUCUGGCAGAGGCUGCCCCCCAGGCCUGGCAGCCCCCCUGCCCCCAGCAUCUGUGUUGCCCCCUACCCCAGUGCCCACAGCUUGGAGCACUGGCACCAGCCCGAGCUGGAACGGCGCUUCUCCCGGGUCCAGGAGGCCGUGCAGGCACUGAGAGCUCUCCGUGCCACGUACCAGCUCACCAAGGCCCGGCCCCGAGUGCUGCUGCAGAGCUCAGAGCCGGGAGAGCAGGGCCUCUUUGAGGCCUUCCUGGAGCCCCUGGGCACCCUGGGCCAGUGUGGGGCCGUGGGUCUUCUACCCCCAGGUGCAGCCGCUCCCUCCGGCUGGGCCCAGGCCUCACUCAGUAACACUGUUCAGGUCUACAUGGAGCUGCAGGGCCUGGUGGACCCCCAGACCCACCUGCCUCUGCUAGCUGCCCGAAGACACAGGUUGCAGAAGCAGUUUGAUGGCCUCAUAGCCCGGACCCCAUCAGAGGGAGAGGCAGAGAUUCAGAGGCAGCAGAGGCUUUCUUCCCUCCAGUUGGAAUUGUCAAAACUGGACAAGGCAGCCUCUCACCUCCAGCAGCUGAUGGAUGCGUCUCCUGGCCCAGGGGAGCUCUGAGCUCUCACUCACCAUCCCUGGCACCUUUCUCCCUUCUCAGACCUGCCUUUGAGGAAAGAUUGGGCAGCUGUCAGGGUGUGAUGGGGCCUCAGAGACCACGUGGUCUGGCUCCCUCUUUUUGUCAAUGAGGAGAUAGAUUGGCUUGGUCAGAGUGACUGGGUGUCCUUGAGACACUCAUGCUUUUGGCCCAGUCUCCCUCCUAUGCAGUCACACAUGGAAGUUCAAGAAUGAGGAAGUUCAGAUAAACUCAAAUCCCAAACCUGUC